AUGUUUUUCUCACCCAUAAGCAUCCCCUCUGCCCUGGCCAUGGUCUUCAUGGGGGCAAAGGGAAACACCGUGGCCCAAAUGUCCCAGACACUUUCUCUAAGCAAAAGCAGUGGCAGAGGUGGAGACUUCCACCAGGGUUUUCAGAACCUUCUCACAGAUGUUAACAGGACCGGCACACAGUACUUGCUCCGAACCAUCAACAGGUUCAUUGUAGAGAAGACUUAUGGUUUCCUCCCAUCUUUCAAAGAUUCCUGCCGCAAAUUCUACCAAGCAGAGAUGGAAGAGCUGGACUUUAUCAGUGCUGUGAAGGAAUCCAGGAAACACAUAAACACCUGGGUAGCCCAAAGGACAGAAGGAAAAAUUACAGACCUGCUGUUUCCAAAUUCAGUGGACCCCAUGACUUGUCUGGUUCUCGUGAAUGCCAUCUACUUCAAAGGAAACUGGGAGAAUCAGUUUAACAAACAGCACACCAAGGAAAGGCUGAUCAAAGUCUGCAAUAAUAUGGAGAAGCCUGUGCAAAUAAUCUUAAAGAAAUCCCCCUUUAAAAUGACCUACAUCGGAGAGAUAUUCACGAAGAUUCUUCUGCUUCCCUACGUCAGCAGGGAGCUCAAUAUGCUCAUCAUGCUUCUCGAUGAAAACGAUUUGAAAAUGGUGGAAAAGGAACUUCCUUAUGAGAAAUUCAUCAAGUGGAUGAGGCUGGAUCUGAUGGAGGAGGAGGUUGAGGUGUCCCUGCCCAGGUUUAAGCUGGGGGAGAGCUACAACAUGGAGGGCGUCCUCCGCACCCUGGGCGUGACUGACACCUUCGAGGACACCAGGGCGUAUUUCUCCGCGAUGUUGGCCCAGAGGGACCUGCGCCUGUCCCUGGUCGUGCACAAGACCUUUGUGGAGGUCGACGAGGAGGGCAUGGAGGCGGCUGCAGCCACCACCACAGUCCUGAUGCUGUGCUGUGCCAGAAUCACCCUCAGGUUCUGUGCCGACUACCCUUUCCUCAUCUUUAUCCAGCACAGCAAGACCAGUGGGCUUCUCUUCUGCGACCAGCUCAGCUCCCCGUGA